CAGCUGUGGGAGUGGCCGUCUCCUUGACUACGCGACACUAACAGUAACAUGCUAACAGCGCGGUCGGGACCCAGCAUGGCGCAGCCAGAGAUGACACGGGUGUUUCUUAACAACGUGGACUCGUACGCAUCCAGACACAUCGCUCAGGUCCUGAGUGGAAGUGUGGCUGGAGCUGCUGUUAAUACAAACUCUGAUCUGGAGGCAGAGCUGCUGUCAAACCAUAAGAGGACCUUCCAGGUGGUGGGAACUGUUUCACAUCCAUCUGCCGUGGAAAGGCCUCAUGUGUUCGAACAAUACACUCAUCUGAACCGAGAUGAGCUCCUUUCCAAACUGAUGGGCUGUGAUGUUGUUAUCUACAAUGUUACCCAGCAUGCUGAUCAGGUGGAAGAAGCUCUCUGGGCUGCCUCAGCGCUUCACAGUGAAGUCGAGCAUUUUUCUGGGCCAAAGUUGUUUAUCCUCAUCUCCACGAUCAUGACCUGGGCCUGCAGCAAGCCAGCUGAUCCUGAUGAUCUGGAGCUUCCUUUCACUGAUGCGAUUUUCUGGAGCAGGAGAGCACAUCCCAAUUUUGAACGGCACAUUGACUUGGAGAAGAGAGUAGUGAAAAUGGGCAAAACUGAAAGAAAGCUCUUCUCCACGUACGUGGUGGCAGCAGGACUUCAGUACGGGAUGGGAGAACAGAUCUUCCACUACUUUUUCAAGAAAUCAUGGCUGGGAGAAGAUGGAAUACCCAUCUUUGGAGAUGGCAAGAACAUCGUUCCCACGAUUCACAUCCAUGACUUGGCAAGUGUGGUUUACAGCGUGAUCCAACAUCAACCAAGACCAUAUUAUCUACUAGCAGUGGACGAUUCUAACAAUACCAUGGAAGAAAUUGUCAAGAAAAUUGCCUCCAUCCUCGGACCAGGGAAGAUCCAGAAAAAGCCAUCAGAGGAUGCUUUCCUCACCAAGGAUCUCAGUGUAAUGGAAGCCAACUCUCUACUGGUCAGUCUCCGCAUGGAGGCUGCUUACAUCAAGAAACUUUUCUCUUUUAACUGGGUGUGCCAGUUUGGUCUGGUGGAAAAUAUAGAGGUGGUGGUGCAGGAGUUCCGGCAGACCCGCGGGUUGCUGCCCGUCCGUCUGUGUGUACUGGGUGCUCCUGCAGUAGGUAAAACCACAGUGUCCAAAAAGAUCUGCGAAUACUACCGACUCCAUCACAUCACAGUGAAAAGCACCAUCUCUGACACCAUCGCCCGGCUGGAACAUGCUGUCAGGAAUCCUGAUCCCGAUGAAGGGAAUUCCACACAAGAUGUCCAGGAGCAGCUGAGCAUGAUGAAGGAACGCCUGGAACAGAACCGAGGUCUGGAUGAGGAGCUGCUGUUGAACGUGAUGAGGGACAAGCUGAUGACUAACCCGUGUAAUAACCAGGGUUAUGUGUUGGAGGACUUUCCCCAAACACGUGAACAAGCCAAAGAGCUCUUUGGCGGUAAAGAAGAGGAUGCAACAUCCCAGAAUUCUUUAACCAACAUUAUACCCGAGUUUGUGUUGUGCCUGGAGGCCACAGAGGCCUUCCUGUUGGAUCGAGUGCUCAACCUGCCCGAGACCUGUGUGCAGGAACACAACUACGAGCCAGAGAACUUCUCGAGGCGGCUGGCUGCUUACAAGGAGAAACAGUCGGAGGAUGAUAUGGUCCUCAACUACUUUUAUGAGCAUGACAUCAUCCCUCUGCAGUUUGAGAUCAGCAGCAGCAAUGAAGCAGACUGCCUGUCUCUGAUGCAGAAGGUCAUUGACAUAGUGGGCCAGCCCAGAAACUACGGUCCGAGCAGCCAGGAGGUGAAGGAGGAGGAGAGGAGGAAGGCUGCCGAGAGGCUGAGGAGAGAAGCCCAGGAGAGAGCAGAGGUGGAGCGGAUGGAGGCCGACGAGGCCAGAGACAGGGCUGCACACUGGGCUGAGUGGACUAAGAAGUUGGAGGAGGUGAGGCAGCAGGAGGAGGAAGAGCUGGAGGCCACGUCAGGCCCUAUGAGGGACUACCUGAUGGAACAGGUUGUGCCCACGCUGAGCCGGGGUCUGAUUGAAUGCUGCCGAGCUCAACCACAGGACCCCGUGGACUUCCUGGCAGAGUACUUGCUGAAGAACAACCCCUUUUGAAGCCGAUUACGAGCAGCUUUCCUAGCCGAGGAAAAUUUCCUUUGAGUCUUUGAGACUCGUCAGAGCAUUUCAGUCGUCACAUGCCAAGUGUCCCCAACUCCAUGCUGGGAUUUUGAUUAGGUCUGAUUUCUAAGUGGCCCAUUCUCCUGCCCCUGUUGCAUUCAUAUACGGCUUUGUUUGGGCUCUGAUGUGCUGGCCGUUACUUAAAAGCAACCCAAAAAGCAGAUGAAAGUGUGCACAAAACCAGGAGCUAAUUAGGAAGUUAAUUUGCUUAAUAAACUUGGUAAACUGUAAA